CCGGAGAUGACGCUGCAGCUGGCCAUGCAGUGGUUUCCGCAGUGCUUUGCCGGAAGCACGCCUCAGCGCUUCCGCGUGCCGGUGCCCUGGGAAGGCACCUGCCCCGAUCGGGUCGUGCAGUACCUGAACAGUCGCUGGCGGGCAGCAGACAUGACCCUCGCAGACUUCCUCCGAAAAACCAAUUUGCGCGGCGGCGUGCACCGCAGUUUCGUUCGCCGUCAUCAGCAGCUCAUCAGGAAUGACGAGGACGUCAUGGAAGAAACACUGGAGGACUGGGUCAAUAACGCUCCGCUGCAGUGCGAUGUCGCGGUCGCGGCCAUCUACCUCUCUCGCUACAACGACCGCUACUACGGGCAGUGGGUUCUGAUGAAUGUUCCUUUCCGCUCCAUGGACGAUCUGCGGCGUAAGGAGCUGGACCGUGUGCCGCCGCACCUUUACUAUCAAGCUCUGGCCCUGCUGUUGCGACCGCUUGAGCUCGAAGCUUUCCGAGAGCACCACAUCCGAAACAUUCUGGCCAUGCUCUUCGCCAACCAAGGGCUCAUUCGGAAGUACCUUUCUGGCGAGCUCGACAAGAACGACGACGUCGUCGCGGGCCCCGCCGACGGCGCUGGCCCUGACACCGCGGUCCAAUUGUCCGGCCACCAGCAACGCAUCGCAGCGGAGCUUCUGGAUGCAUUCCACCAAGGCACGCAGCUGCGCCAGCAAGGCGAGAACGCCUGGAAGGGCGAAGGCCCCGACGACGCCGACCCUGCCGAUGCAGCUGAGGAUCCCUGGGCAGCCCGGACCUCUCCCUUCGCUCCUGCAGUCGCUGGCCGCUCCGCCUACGCAAUUCUGGGUCCGGCUGGUAGCGGCAAGACAACCACAGUGCACCAAGUCAUUCGGCAAGUCGUCGCGGCGAACGGUCGCGUUCUCCUGACUGCACCCACCGGCCGCCUGGCGGCGACCCUGCGAGAGAGAUUUCCAGAUCUGGAGGUCGACACCGUGCGCGGAGCCUUUCUCGUGCACAAGCCUGCCCAGGAGGCGAUGGAAGUGCUUUGGCCAUAUGAUUUGAUUGUCGUCGAGGAAGUCGGACAGCUCUCCCGCACCAUCUUCGAGCGCAUUAUGGAGCAGUGGCAGGCGGCCGACCGCAUUCCGACACUCAUCUUCGUUGGCGACUUCUACCAGUUGCCGGGCGUCGACCCCUGCAAUGCCCUGGACUCACCCCUGUGGCACAGUGUGCUCGUCAAAAAGCGGGAGCUGCAUACGAUGUUGCGGUGCAAGUGCCCCAAGCUGCGAGAGAAGUUGGAGCCACAAAGCACCGUCCCUGCACCGACCGGCUACGUCAUGGCGGAGGAGCCAUCCGAUGAGGACGUUGCCAUGAUUCUAGAGGAGACCCCGCAAACUCUGUUCCUCACGGUGAGCCGCCGCGCUUGCGUCAACGCAGCCGCCGUGGCCGCCUUGUUCUCCGACGACAUCCCGUUGGCCGUGGUGCCUGGCGAUCGAGUAACGUGGAGAAUUUCGACUCCGGUCGCAUGGUAG